UGGCUUGGAAAUUAUUUUGAGAAAAAUGGGGAAUUGUCAACAAGUGUAGUCAAGUCGUUUUCUAUAAUAUGGCUAGACUAAAGUGAAGAAUUUCCACUAUAAAUGUUACCUUAUCUAUGGAUUCAAUCAUUCAGUACUAGUAGUUGUUCACAUUUGUCUGUACACUUUAUAUCUGUAAAAUAAUGCAAAGCCUUUCCUUAUGGUUAAUCACAUUUGUCUUUGUUGUUGUUCAGGUGCAAAGCAGGCUUUUGAGACUAAAUUCUUCGGAACAAUUUAUCUCGGAUGGAGUUGAUCGUGUUGAAAAUCAAGCUACGUAUGAAAAAUGUGAACAUAUAUAUGGCGUCUUUCCCUGUGCUGACAGCGUCGGAGGUUUCAUUUUCCUAAUAGCAGUCUAUCAGUACUUGCUGAUUGUAGGAGAAAAGCUGGUCUCGAAUGGAAGCAAAACGAUCUUCAACAUACUUGGUACGGGCAUUUUUGGCGCUACCUUGUUUCAAAUCUUGAAGGCUUUCCCAAGGAUUAUCUUGGUGAUAGCAUCUGGAGCUUUUUCUAGUACAGAGAAAGCUCAGAAUCAAGUCUCUACUGGAGUAAGCACUAAUGUUGGAGCCACAGUCUUUAACCUUACUUUUAUGUGGGGAAUAUGUGUCAUAUUCGGCGCAAAAGAGAAGCAUGCGACGUCGCAACAACCUGCAGAAUCCUCACUUUCGAACUGUUUGCAGGUUUUAAAGAGUAAGUUUUCUACAAACGAAGCUACACCUUUGCCUUUGUCUGCAGGAGGUUGUCCUGUUGGUCUAAUGCUGAAAACAAAUGUGUGA